AUGACACCACGAGUGGUCGGUUGCCAGGAUUUCGUCUACCGCGGUGCAGGAGGAAAUUUCAACAACUUCCUGUCACGGCAUGAAUGCGAACUGUAUUGUGCACGAUUGCAGUGUGAGCGAGGAUCGCCACUUCGGAUUGGAGAGGAGUCGCAACGCUGUCAGGCCAACAAUCAGUGCCCGUUAUCGCAUGAGUGUCGAGUAGAUCAAGGAGUCUGCUGUCCCAGGAAACAGACGAUUUGUGCUCAGCCAUUGAGAGUUGGAGAUUGCACAGAGAAUGUGAAACGCUACUGGUAUAACGCUAAGGCGAGACAAUGCCAGAUGUUCGAGUACACAGGAUGCCAAGGAAACGACAACAAUUUCGAAACAGUUCUGGACUGCCAAAAUUUCUGCAAGAACGCCAUCCCUGAACCGAAGUGCAUCCAGGGGCAGGCGUAUCGCAACCAGUUCGGCGAUUUCACUACCUGCUCUGCGGGCUUCGGCUGUCCGUCUAAUCACGAGUGCUACUACGACGGAGAGCAGUGGGGAUGUUGUCCUACGAAAGCAUUCACAUGUUCCCUGAAUUCCGAUUCGGGAGUGCAGUGUGGCGCCGGGUCGACAUUUCGCUACUUCUACAACUCCCAGACACAAAACUGUGAGACUUUCCAGUACAACGGAUGCGACGGAAACUCGAAUAAUUUUGCAAGUCGUGAGCAAUGUGAGCAGCACUGCAGUGUCGGAGGUGAGCAACAUUGCUGCAGUUGCGAGUAA